AUGCAAACACGGAAAGAAAGGAGGGGGGAAGGGAGGGGAGGAAGGCAGGGACGAGCAAAAAAGCACUGGGCCACAAAACGGGCGUCACCCGCCGCCAUGGCAACCAGCGAGCACACGGAGUGGACGCAGCGGGGAAGGGGACGGGGGACGGGCGCAACCAGGGGAGCCGAGCGGCAGGAGGGAACAGGCCCACGCGACAAAGAAGCCAAGAGCGCCGCGGAACAGGCCGCCGAGGAGGCGCCGGAUAACCAAGAGCGCGACAAAAGGAUCGGGGGGCGGAGGCCCGAGCCAAGGGGCGAGGCGCCGAAGACAAACGCGACCAACGGGGCGCGAAGAGGACACGUAAGGCCAGGGCAGCGGGCCCAUGACAGGGAAACCGCGCCCGCGGGGCGCGGGAGAAGACGAGCGGGCGACGGAGGGGCCCACGAGGAAGAAAGAUCGCAGCGGAAGAGGGGCGCCGGGCGAACAGAGGCCAAAAGGAGGCCCAGGAGAUCACCAACCCAGGAGACCACGGCACGCGGGCACCGGCCCCCAGGCCCCGGCAGCAAUAAGGGGGAAGGGACAGAGGCGGUGCUCCGACCAGCGGGGACGAGGAAAGGACGAGGGCUAGGGGGUGGAGCGGACGAGGGGGCCAAAGGGGGGGAAGCAGGAGCUGCACGCCCAAAGACGCCGAACAAAAGAAGGCAGCGGCCGGCAGUAGGGAAGGCGAAGCAGCAGCGGCCGGCGGCAGCCCCCAAGGAAAGCAGCUGGCGACAACGGACGGCAAGGCAGCGGAGCCAGAAGACAAGAGAAGGCGGCGACAAAGGGCCGGAGCAAGCGCGAGACAGCCACGCCAGAGCACCCAGGCCGCCAACCGGCCAAGCAGAGGACGGCAAGGAAAACAAGACGGAAGACGAAAGAAGAAACGCGAGGAAAAGCCAAAGGGGAGGGCCCGGAGCGCGACGACCAGGAGGGGGAGGCAGACCCGAACCCGCCCAAGCCGCCACAUGGGAAACACGGGACGCACGGGGCGACGGACCGACAACCACGGGGCAUGAACCGGGCGAAUGUGUCGGCGAACCAAAGCCGGUAAAGGGAGGCACAGACCAGCGGAGCAGAGAACGACGAGUAAACAGACUGCAAGACCGCGACGAGGCCGAGGGAAAGAAGAGAAACGGCCCACGAAGAAUGGGGCGCAGAAACAACAAGGCGAAAAGAUACGACAACAAGAGGAAGCAAAGAAGAACCCACCGCAAAGGGGGGACGAUCGGCCGCAACAGCCAAAACAAGGGCAGCAAAAAGAACCCAAGCCGAAGGAAAACGGGCGCAACAGAACGGUAA